ACAAACAUGGAAGGCAGAAUAGUUCUAGUUCUCAUUGCCUGUGGCUUGCUCCUAAAGUUAUCUAAUGGAAGUAAUAUCCAACGCAUUAUAAAUGGCGGAAAUGCCACCGCCAAACAGUUUCCUUAUCAAGUGUAUUAUGAAACUUUUUCACUCGAUAACUAUGACGCCAUCAAUGUCUGGAAAUACGAGUGUGGAGGCACUAUAAUAUCGAGUAAAAUUGUAUUGACAGCAGCCCACUGUUUGCAGGAACCGAACAUAAAAGCCUUGAAAAUUUUCUUUGGAGCUGUGGACAAAUCAAAUGCCAACGAAAAGGGACAACAGCCAUUGAUUGUGGAUCGAAAGUUUGUGGUGAUACAUGAGCAAUUUGAAAAAGAUGUUCCAUAUUACAAUGACAUUGCAAUCAUAAAACUGCCCAUCGAUGUGCCUUUCAAUGAGUUUAUUCGACCCGCAAAGCCGCCACAGCCCACAAAUAAUUAUGUGAAUGCAAAAGCCAUUGUUUCAGGAUGGGGUGCACAUAAAGUUUCAGAAACAAAAACUUUGCAAUUUCCUAGUCAAUUGAAAUAUUUUGAGAUCAACAUUAUAUCGAAUGAGGAAUGCGAAGAAAAGUGGAAAAGACUUGUGUCGCCUAGAAUAUUCCCAGCAUCCUUCAUUUGCACUGGGCCCAGCGAGAAUUCGCCUUGCAGAGGAGAUUCUGGAGGACCCCUGGUACUCCAGGAAGGGGAGGACUAUAUACUUUUGGGCGUUACCUCUCAUGGUCUUAGCACUGAUUGCAAAACCAAUCUGCCUACGGUAUUUACCAGAGUUUCUUCGUUUUUGGAUUGGAUACAAGAACAUUCUGGUGGUAAAAUUUGGAUUUAGUAAUUCAAAGAAAUUUCAGUAAAUACAUCAUAAAUAUACAUACAUAAAUACAUAAAAAAGAAAUUAACGUAUUAUUUCGAUUGAUUCGACAUGCAUUAGUACACUUACUAGUACUAUGAUUAGUGUAUUAAAUUUGUCUAGCCACAGAA